AUGGCGGCGGUUCCCACCGCGGCAAACGACACCACAAAGUUGUCGUUUGCGAGGGUUGUGGCCGCGUCGACGCCUAAGGGUCCCAAGCCUACCACCAAAACGGUUGGCUCGCCGCCUGCCAGAACUAAGCAGCCAGAGGAGACCACACCGGUAUCCACCGUCGUCCCCGCCGUGAUCCCCGCUGUUACCCCGGCGAGCACCGUGCCGCCCGGCCCGUCCUCCCGAGCGGAUGCUUCUCCGCCUGCGCAGAAUACGGCUAGCACUACGCAAGCUGUCGAAACAGAGAUUGUUACGGGGCUAAAAGAUCUGAAGCUCGAGACGCAAAUGACGCCCAAUCUCGUCGUCAAUGGCACUCUCUCGGGGAUGACCGAGAGAUCCAACAAGGCCAGCAAUAGCCAAACGCCUUCUGACGACACAUCUCAACGGGCAGAUUCCAAUUCCGAGCUAGGAACGAAACCGCCCAGCUUGGACGGGAAGAGCAUUACCUCGGGGACCACCUUUGCUCUGGAUGAGAAAGAAUCAUUGCGUCCCGACGACAGUGCCAGUGUCAAGGCUGCCGCAGAGGACGACGAUGCAUUCUCAAUUCGAGGCUCGUAUAUUGCUGGUUCCCGGAUGGGCUCGGACGUUGCGGCGCGCAUCCACCGCAUUCAGAUAGGGGACAUGCCUCCCCGAACGCUUGCCAUGCACCAUGUUUUGGCUGGGAGCAAGAGCCAGGGCGUCGCCACACCGCAGAGUGGCACUUCAGACAAGCAGACAACAACGGAGGCCAAGUUAUCACUGGUCAGCGGAGCAGCUGCUCCCGACGCCUUGGCACCCACCGGCUUUUCCAGUCAGAAUCCAGACGAAAAACUGUUAGAGGCAAUGCAGUCUCCGAAAGACCGUAUAUUCCUGUUGAGACUAGAACAGCAGCUGAUCGAAUUCGUUCAGGAUUCAAAAGAGCCCUACAUGGAUCUACCUCCGAGCAACUCUUUCUGCAGAAUGUUGACCCACAGGCUCGCGGAUUAUUAUCAUAUGACACAUUCGUUUGAGGCAGCAGCGGGAGCGGUGCGCAUCUUUAGGACUCCCUUCUGCAGGAUCCCUCCCUCCCUGUCGAGUAUCGCAGCAUCCACAUCGAAUAGCAGCUCGCCGGCCCCAGUUGUUAUGCCUCGCAAGAUUAUGCGACGCGGGGAGGAUGGGGAACUCGCCAUCGUGAGCGCGACGCCUUCCAAGCCAACUUCGGAGGUUGGCAGCGACUCCAAGGAUAAGGCUGCUCCAGCCAAGGAGAAACUCACGAGAGAAGAGCGUGAAGAGGCAUACAACAGGGCUCGGCAGCGGAUUUUUGGGAGCACCGAGAAAGCAGAGAAUUCUACCCAGGAGAGCGAAGAUGGUAAUGGUGUGUCCCGCGCCAGUUCUGUAUCAGCCAAGGAAAAAGCCACGGGCGGCAAAAGAAAAGCCAACAAGCAGCGGCGGGAUGACUCUGAAGGUUUCGAGUCACGAUCUCAGUACGUUGCAUGGUGUGGCCCUCAGCAGCCCACCUGGGCACCAGCAGCGCCGCAGUACUUUCCCGUCAAUGCAGCUUCGUUCAACGGCCAGUUUCAGCCGCCUUACCCCAGUACGCCCCAAGCUAUGUACGCUGCUCCCCAGCCAUUUCCGCCGCAGAUGAUGCCCGCCAAUGGGUUUGCUCCUCAGUACUCCGGGAUGCCAGCUUACCCGACACCACCUGUGCCGCAGGCUGUCCCACCCCCGCCGCCGCCUCAGCAGGCUUACCGAACUACCAAUCCUCCCGUAGCCGGUCCUUACAAUGCUUCGGUGCCAAGCCUGCCUCAACCAGCAUGGCCACAGCAGGGGUUCAACCCACCUGCUUAUCCGCCGCGGGCUAGCCCGACGCCUGCCGGUAUUCCUUACGCGUACGGGCAGCUGCCGGCCAACGCCAACCCCAAUGACCCAAAAAGCCAGCAUCCCAUCCCGGGCAGCUAUAAUCGCCAGACGUUCAACCCAAAAACGCAGUCGUUUGUCCCGGCCAAUGGGAUUCCGAUGCAGCAACAGCCGCCACCGCCGGCGCCGCCUGGUCCGUACGGCGGAUCGAGCCCUCGGCACGGAAGCCCGCAGUUCCACUCGCCUCACAUGAGCUAUAGCGGGUUCCAGCAGCCCAUGCCCCAAGCAGGUUUCGCGCCCGCACCGGGGCCGUACAACAUGACAAGACAGGGCUCAAAUAACUCCAUGGCGCAGUACCACGCUGUGCAGCAACAGCCCCUUCCUCACGGGCCUCCGCCACCCCACGGCCCACAGCAUAUACCCCCGACUGGCCCUAUGCAUAUUCCGCCCAAGCCUACGGGGCCGGCAGGAGGAGGGCAGUCGUUCAGCCAUUUGCCGAAUUAUGGAAAUCCUGCCACAUUGCCGCAGAAGCCUUCAACAUAG